AUGGAUGCUGAUGAACCAAAGAAUCGUGAAGUUGGAGGAAACGGCGGCAAGAGAGGAGGGAAUAAGGAUGACUUUUCAUGGUGGAAAUGUAUACAGAAAGGAGAGUUCCCUUGGGACAACAAAGAUUUCCGUAAUUUGGCUGUCAUGGUAGCAUGCUUUGCCAUGGGAUUUUUCUACUUGUAUUUUCAAGAUUCUGGAAAAGAAAUCACUUGGAAGCAUUUUGUACAGUAUUACUUGGCCAGAGGACUGGUGGAUCGACUUGAAGUUGUGAACAAACAGUUUGUGCGUGUGAUUCCUAUUCCUGGAGUAUCUUCUGUGAAAUCCCUGUGGUUUAACAUCGGCAGUGUUGACAUGUUUGAGAGGAAUUUGGAAUCUACCCAGUGGAAAUUGGGAAUUGAAGCUGCCAAUCAGGCAGCAGUGAUUUAUACCACUGAGAGUGAUGGCUCUUUCUUAAAAAGCCUGAUUCCCACUCUGCUUCUGAUUGGGAUUUUCCACUAUGCUAGAGUCCCAAUGGGAGCAGGAAGGGGCCUCUUCAGUGUUGGUAAAACAACUGCUAGAAUCCUGAAGAACAAUAUCAAUGUUCGGUUUGCUGACGUGGUGGGCUGUGAAGAAGCCAAGCUGGAAAUCAUGGAUUUUGUGAACUUCUUCAAGAACCCCAAACAAUAUCAGGACCUUGGUGCCAAGAUUCCAAAGGGGACUUUGCUCACUGGGCCUCCUGGUACUGGGAAAACCCUCCUUGCCAAAGCGACCGCAGGGGAGGCCAAUGUUCCUUUUAUCUCUGUGAAUGGCUCUGAGUUCCUGGAGAUGUUCAUGGGAGUUGGACCUGCAAGGGUUAGGGACAUGUUUGCAAUGGCUCAAAAAAAUGCUCCCUGCAUCCUAUUCAUUGAUGAUAUUGAUGCAAUUGGAAGAAAACGAGGUCAUGGGAAUUUCGGAGGGCAAAGUGAACAGGAAAACACCUUGAAUCAGAUGCUUGUUGAGAUGGACAGAUUUAACUCCAGCACCAAUGUUGUGGUACUUGCGGGGACCAACUGCCCAGAACUCCUGGACCCAGCACUAACGAGACCAGGGCGCUUUGACCGUCAGAUUUACAUUGGGCCCCCUGAUAUAAAAGGCAGAUCUUCCAUCUUUAAAGUCCACUUUCAGCCACUGAAAUUGGAUGAAAGUAUUAGCAGAAAUGCCCUGGCUAGAAAACUAGCAGCUUUGACUUCAGGAUUUACUGGUGGCAAUAUUUCCAAUGUCUGCAAUGAAGCAGCCCUGAUUGCUGCUCGUCACCUGAAUAGUUUUAUUCAAGAAAAGCACUUUGAGCAGGCCAUCGAGAGAGUGACUGGAGGUCUUGAGAAGAAGACUCAGGUUCUCCAGCCCAAUGAGAAGACAACUGUAGCUUAUCAUGAAGCUGGUCAUGCUGUGGCGGGUUGGUUCUUGGAGCAUGCAGAGCCCUUACUGAAGGUGUCCAUCAUCCCCCGAGGACAGGAACUGGGCUAUGCACAGUACCUGCCCAAGGAGCAGUACAUGUAUACCCAGGAACAGCUCUUUGAUUGCAUGUGCAUGAUGUUAGGGGGUCCAGUGGCUGAGAAGCUGUUCUUUGGCUGCAUCACAACAGGGGCUCAGGAUGAUUUGAAGAAAGUGACCCAGAGUGCAUAUGCACAGAUUGUCCACUUUGGGAUGAGUGAGAAACUAGGUCUAGUGUCAUUUGAUUUACCCGAGCAAGGGAAAGCCCAGGUGGUGAAGCCCUACAGUGAAGCGACCGCCCAGCUCAUAGAUAAGGAAGUUCGCCACCUGAUCAACUCAGCCUAUUCCAGAACUUUGAAAUUGCUGAUGCAGUGUCGGGACCAGGUGGAAAAGGUAGGAAAGCAUCUCUUGGAAAAGGACGUGCUUGAGAAAGCAGACAUGAUUGAACUGCUGGGCCCCCGCCCUUUUGAAGAGAAAUUGACUUAGGGGAGCUUGGAGGAGGAUACUUCCCUUCCAGAGGGCAAAGACUGGAACUGA